CCAGAUACCAAGAUGAUGAUGACAGAGUUUGGACGGCAGUAGAACUACAGUCUCCCGAAACUAUUACAGUACGAGAAUUCAAAGAAAGGAUCGCAAAUUCAAUUAACAUUCCAGCGGACACACAGAGGCUGAUCUUCCAUGGGAAAGUUAUGCAAGAUGACAAGAUGCUCAAAGACUACGAUGUACAUGGCAAGGUAAUCCAUGUGGUCCAACGAAAGCUCCCCUCGCAAGAACAACCGCUUCAAGCACUUCAAGCUCCACAACAACUACAGGGGCCACGGGCAGGAGGAACAGGGCCAGGAGGGACGAGUGUACUUGUAGGAUCAUUCACCUGUGCCCUCUGAGGUCCUUGACCCCAACCAGGUUCAGAACAUAGUUCAACAAGCCAUUUCUGGGAUGGGAGACAACUGGAGAAAUGCUCGUGUGUCAACAAGAGCUUCGACUGAUGGCUCCUCCCUCGAUGUCCACAUCAACCUUGGACAAGUACCAGCCUCUGCCCUAGCCAAUGGGGCCCAGUUGAGGAUGACCCAGGCCAGACAGAUGCUGGACAUCGCUAGAGAGGCAGUCAACAAACUAGAGACUCCCCCUAGCGAACAACAAGCUGAAAACAUGGAAGGCCAAGACGAAAAUCAAAAUCGUGAGCAACCACAAACAACCAGUGAUUCCAAUGAAGAAUCUGAUAUGGACACAUCUUCUCCCAGUGGCGCAUCAGCUGACACAGCGAGCCAAUCAGAAGCAAAGGAAAAGAGACCAGCAACCAACAGCCAAUCACAAGGCAGAGAUGAUGCAGCAACCAGCAGCCAAUCACAAGCCAGGGAAGAUACACCAGCAGCCGACAGCCAAUCAGAAGCCAGGGCAGGUGCACCAGCAGCUGACAGUUCAUCUAAUCAAGCCAAUGGGCAACAGAGGAGAGAUAGUGAGGCUCCCAGGUUGACGUCGAUGUCGGAGUUGCUGGGUGAUGUGAUGGAGCUGCACGGCCGCCUCCAGCCCCAUGUAGCCCGAUCACGCGACAUUAUGGCUGAGGAUAUGGAACUACAGAAUGAUCAAGUACAGGAGCCCCAGCGGAUGUUCAACCUGGUUUCGGAAGCUCUUCAUGCUAUCAGCCACACCUAUCACAACCUUAGUGACCUGAUGGUUGACAUGGCAACACCCCCUGCUCGACGUAUGUACACAGCGCCCACUCAACCUCUGAUGCCAGGAAUUCCCCAUCAGGGUAUUCCAGUCAGGGCUCAGUUCAGUGUGGGUUCUCCACGCCUGGUGAGACGAACAGUGACAACAACACAGCCUCGACCAGAGGCAUCAGCGCCACAGGACGGAGCUACAACCACGGCAGGAGCAACAUCUGCAACAGCAACAUCUACAACAACAACAACAUCACAACCCAAUGUGCCCCCUGGGUCUACUGGGUCCAUUGGUCCCCUACCCCCAGGCUUCCUGUCCGGCACAGCCAACAACCCAUACGUCUACGUGGAGGUGGGGCCCGACUCGGUCACUGUCAACAGCAUCUCCACCCAGAUCAUUGGCAACGAGAGCAGCAGUAAUGGAGACAGACAAAGAGCUAACGGCACCACAGGGACCACUUCUACCAGCUCCUCAAGCUCCUCAAGCUCCUCCAGUAGUGCAACAACAACAACGUCGACGACGUCAUCAGGUGGUGCCACACCCUCUGCCCCACCCCCUCCAAUCCCUGGUCUGACCGGAAUGAACAUCCCUGGGCUACCUCCAGACAUGAUGCAGAACAUAAUAUCAUCUGUGCUGCAUCAACAUGGUCACCGCCAAGGCCAACCAGUGCAGAUUAACGUAGUGCCAGUCCCUAUGUCCAGUCUUGGUGGACAGAUGCCCGGUGGCAUCAACAUCACCCGCGUCCUCAACCCCGCUGCUAUGUCUGCAACAACAACACCGACAGCUCCCAACCCAGCAGCUCCAGCUUCAUCAACAUCACAGUCGUCCACAGCAACCACGACUGCUUCUAGUUCUGCAGCUACAAAUGCAUCCACGUCGGCUACUACUACACCGUCUGGAACUGCUUCAGCUACUUCAGCAGGAGCAUCAUCAACUGCACAGGCAUCAGCUACAGCAUCAACGACGACAACAACAGGAGUGCCCGGUCCACGCCUCAUCCCUCCUAUGAUGCUGGAUGGUGUCCCCAGGCCGGUUGACCCAUACCUUCCCUGUAACUCCCACCAUUUCCUGGCCCAGAGAACCCGCAACAUGGCAACACAGACCAGCCAGGGCCCAGAGAAUGCAUUAUCUGAUAUGGUGUCCAACCUAAUGAAUGGACUUCUAGGAAAUGUUCCUCAUGGUCCCCCACGAUCAGCCCCAGCCUCAGUCGCCCCUGGGGGUCCCACCUCAACACACCCUGCCCAUGGAGCCGCAUCAAGCCGAGCCACUACCCACACGACCUUCUCCCAACCUGGCCCCAUCCCUGCCAACCCCUUUGCCUCCCUCCUGCAGGGCACUUUUGGCCCCAUGCUGGGACCCCGUGCACCAGCGCCCCCUACUGACAAUCCAGGGAGUGCACCGGUGCCACCAAUGAUGCAGAUGCUUCGAGACAUGCUGCAGUCAGCAAAUCCACAGAGUCAGCAGCCCCAGCUAGUCAGCCCCCAGCUCGCUGAGGUCCACCUGCCUCCUGUGCCAGGCCCCAGGUGUCAAGUCGGAUCGAUGCAUUCACACGCCUGGUGUCGGGAUUGGGUCACAUGAGUCGAGCUGCCACAGGCCAGGAGGAGCAGGAUACGGCACACUACACUUCCUGUCCACACUUGGCUGUGACACUCCUGCCACCACGCAGUGGUGAAGGGUUUAUCAAUGAGAUAUUCCAAUGUCUCUCAAGACCACAUCACCUUCUCGAUUUGUUCCAAAUCCUUCUUUGGCCACCCAGAGCCCCUAAACCGGCUCCAUAGACACCACCGCGGGAGUUCAUCACGACGAGGAGGGUGUUGCAGGGAGCUGAGUACAAUGAGAGCCAGGGUCUGCAAGAGGGGCGGAGCAUGUCAUGCUGGACAUGGACAGUGAGAUUGAGGAGGCCGUGGCCUGUGUGGUGACAGUGAAGGAAGGAAUAGACCUCAAGCAGUCUCUAAGGGAUCUGUUCACCAGAACCUGGUGAAGAUCUGCAGGCAGGUGAUGGACUCCCCAGUGAAUGAUGCCGACUUCGGACCCAAUCUGCACGCCCGUGUGCGGAGGAUGCUGGAGGAGUUUGUGGUCCUGACCUCCGACUCUCUGGUAGAUGGCGCUCCUGGCUUGGAGAGGAUGCUGCACUCGAGAUUGCGAAACUUGACAGCUGGUAUGAAUCCCCUGAUCCAGCAAUGGAUGGUUACCAUGACGUCACAACAGCUCCACAACUUCAGUGAAGACAUCAGUGUGUCGCGAUCUGAUGUUCAGCGGUACCUCGUCCGGCGGACUGCAGCCGCAGCCAAACCUUCAACCAAAGAGCGUAGUGAGUCUCCAAUGGAUACGGAAACAGUAGCCGAGGGGGCAAGUGCUGCUCCAUCACAGGUAGUACGAAGAAAAAAGCCAGCAAUACCCCCCAAGCCAACAGGAAACAGGAAGCCCGCCCUGCCUCCGCACCCCCGGUGUCAGCUCACGUUAGAGCCGAGGCAAGCGGCCAUUCAUAAACGGAGCUGGGUCGGAUGGGGCGUCGCCGUCACACAGCGCAUCCCCCUCAUCUCCACCCACAGACGAGGAUGAUUCAUGGCAGGCUGUCUUGCCAGCUGAUUGGGUCCCAAUCAUCAACCGUGAUAUUAACCGACAACGGGAGAAUGGAGCACCACGCCCUCUCAGUGAUAUCUAUAUGCAAGGAUUACCUGCAAAGCGCAGAAGGAUGAUGGCUCUGGAGAGAGGCUGCAACUGGAACAAACAUGGCUGAAUACAUCCCCGACUCCAUCGAUCUGAGGCAGCAGCUGCAGCGGUGUCCAGCCAAUCAGCAGCCAGGGAAAACCUAUCCAAUGAAGCAUCAGAAGAGAGUGAGCUGCAGCGUACGCGUUGGAAGAAGAAGUCAAAGAGUUUUGACACAAAGACUUCAAAAGCGAGACCGAUUACAACUCGGAUAAGUUUCCCAGUUCAAGAAGGAGUUCUUUAAGAACGGCUGAUCGUGAAGCUAGGCUGUAUGUGUAUGUGGAUGUGCUGUUUUAAGCACACUGUGUGUUGUACAUCGUACAUACCCGUAUCUUCAGCUUUUAAAGCGGUGUUUUAUUCAAAACACAUAUGCUCCCAGUUUUACUCAGUUUCCAAAGGGACAAUAUUCUUUUUUAUUUCAUUAUUUUAUCAUGUUGAGAAAGAUGGAAAGUGGUUGCCAUUGCUAGAACAUGGUCUUCGAUACUACAACCUCUCUUGGAGGGAAGAGACUUGUGGUGGAACAAGGAAAUGGUUUUCAGGUGUUACUGUCAGACUUGCCUUCAUAGUUUGGGUAGACAGUACUUAAAGGGUUAAUUAUGCUUGCAGUCAGAAUAACAUGGUAGUUCACAUUUUGGAAAAGAAUUAUUCAAGACAAUUAUAUUUAUUUAAUUUUACUUCUCAGAUGCUGUUUUCACAACAACAAUAAAGUUUUAACCCUGGGUUCCUGAAUGGUCUGCACUGGAUAUAGGUUAUGUCUUAUUAAUUUUGGCAGUUUAAUCAGCGAAAAGUAUGCAUAGUUUCAACAAGUCUGAUCCUUAGAAAUGGUACUUUAAAACAAGCAAUUUCAAAAAUAGCUAAGGUAGUUUCUGUUGGAAAUGUUGAAAUGACUAUUGACACUGGCAGAUCCCGUGGGACAUAACUCUCUCUACUUAUAACAGAGACAGAUAAAUGGAUGUCAGUUAUCGGAGUAUUAUAGUAGUGACCUAAUUAUCUGGUUUAAUGUGCCACGUGAUCUGUGUCUGAUAAGUGUGUGAGUGAUGAAAGUGUCUGAUCACUAAACUGUGUUUGUAUCGUGUGUCUGAUCUCCGUCAACUGUGGACAUACACUGGUCUGCAGUAUGACUACAGGGCGUAUCGAUAUGUUGUAUGGUUUCAGGGCAUAGCUUUAUGCUACAUGAUCACAAGGUACUUCAUGUGCUAUAUAAACACAGGGCAUAUGGAUGUGUAUGACCAUGAUCAUAUGGAUAUGUAUGACCAUUGGCAUAUGGAUAUGUAUGACCAUUGGCAUAUGGAUAUGUAUGACCAUUGGCAUAUGGAUGUGUAUGACCAUGGGCAGAUGGAUGUGUGUGAGCAUACAAAUAUGUAUGACCAUGGGCAUACAGAUAUGUAUGACCAUGAGCAUAUGGAUAUGUAUGACCAUUGGCAUAUGGAUAUGUAUGACCAUUGGCAUAUGGAUAUGUAUGACCAUUGGUAUAUGGAUAUGUAUGACCAUUGGCAUAUGGAUGUGUAUGACCAUGGGCAGAUGGAUGUGUGUGAGCAUACAAAUAUGUAUGACCAUGGGCAUACAGAUAUGUAUGACCAUGAGCAUAUGGAUAUGUAUGACCAUUGGCAUAUGGAUAUGUAUGACCAUUGGCAUAUGGAUAUGUAUGACCAUUGGCAUAUGGAUAUGUAUGACCAUGGGCAUAUGGAUAUAUGUUACAUUGCCACAGGGCAUAUCUGUUUCCUGUAUGACCACAGGGCAUAUCGACAUCUACUGCUAUAUAUCCACUAGACAUGUAUUAACUUAUAUCAGCAUGUAAUAAUAAAUCAUUACAUCUGUGCACCUUUGUCCAAUGUACUCAACUAAUGUCUCUGACAUUUAGCAGAAACAUAUUGUCAUUUGAUCUUUUUGAAUAUCUUAAUAUGAUCAAUUAUAUGGAGAUAAAUACCCCUGUCUUAACUAAAUGUUGAUGCUUUGCUGAGGUACAGUAACCUGGGAAAUGACUGUACUAGUCUUCCUCCUCUGUAACGGAUACAUCGUUGUGAUAUCAAGAGGUACCUCACAGAAUUUAUUUUAAUUUAUUGACGUUAUUGAGGCUUGCGUAGUACACUGUGGUCUUCAUGACUCAACCCCUAUGUCUGUAGUUGGGUCAGCCCUUGGAAGCUGAAGUCAUGACCGUGCAUGUUUCGUUUUUUUGCCUGAGUACAGUUGCACUCCCAGAAAUGAGAAAA